AUCGCGCGCCUCGCGUUGCUGCUUUCAACCUUGCUUUCAAGGUGAUACCCAUCUUCCCCUUCCAUUCACCUGUACUUCUAUCCUUUCGACAUCAUCGAAGGCAACCUUUGUUGUCAAAUACCGCUGUCGACGACAACGACACAAAGACCUUCCAAAUCUUCUUCAGCGCCGCUGAUAACCUUAGGCGUGUCUUAUUCUGUGUUGUGGUUGCAGAACAAGUUGCCACAAUCCUCAACUAAGGAACCUCGCCACUUCCCAGAGUUACCGCGGGGCCACCCAUCUCAUCUCUCUCCUCAUCUCUCCACGGACUUAUUGCCUUCGCCUCUCGUUCUUUGCCAUGACCGUGACGCACAGGAAUAAAAGGCAGCAGCCAGAGGAGAUUACUACUGUCAAUGAACCAGGCUUUCAGAUCGAAUGCGACGGCUGCCAUACGGACUUGACGCACUCAAUAAGGAUCAAAUGCGCUGAUCCGGUAUGCGAACCUGGUGAUGGCGUCGACAUCUGUCCGGCUUGCUUUUGUGCAGGACUAGAGUUCGCGAAGCACAAGAGGAACCAUGCAUAUCGCGUCGUGGAACUACAUUCAUAUCCGAUAUUCUCAGAGGACUGGGGAGCAGACGAGGAGCUGCUUCUUAUUGAAGGCAUCUCUCUUCAAGGGCUGGGAAACUGGCAGGCUAUCGCCGAGCAUGUUGGUACACGAACGAAGGAAGAGGUAGAAGACCACUACAACACCGUCUAUGUUGAGUCACAAAGCUGGCCGCUACCGCGAAUGGAUGUAUCAUUCGAUAUCGACCCCUCCGAAUUUCAGGAACGCAAACGUCGUCGAAUAUCAUCCAUGAAUGCCAAUCCUCCAGCAGGCCCCAAGGUCGCCCCCACAUCUGCUCCAGGGAACCACGAAAUCGCUACCUUCCUCCCCGGUCGUCUCGAAUUCGAGCAUGAGAUCGACAACGAAGCCGAGGACCUCGUCAAGGAUCUUGAGUUCGGGCUGUGCAAUGAGUGGGGAGGGGAUAGCAUCAUGGAGGACGAGAACGAUCCGGAUGUGAAGACUAGGGCGAAAUGGGAGGAAGAGAAGUUCCAUACGAAGGAUAGGGAGAAUGAAGGGUCGGGGAGUAGGAUGGGCACGCCGUUUGGUGGUGGGGGGAAGACGAACGGGUUGAAGCAUAUUGGGAAAGGCAAGGGGAAAGGCAAGGGUCCGAUGGGUAAAAGUAUGGGUGGGAAGAAGAGCGUGAAUGGGUAUCAUCCACAUCAUGGCAUGAAGAUAGGCAUGAACGGGGUGAUGAAGCAGGACAGUUCUCCGCAGAGACACGUCAAGACUGAAGAUUCGAAUGGCGAGAACGGGUCGAAGGAGAAGGACAAAGAUGAGGAUGAGACUGAAGAGAACAUGCCACCAAUACCGUUCGAGACCUCAGAUUCUCUGGCCUUCAAGUUGACAUUAUUGGAGACGUACGAGCAGAGGGUAGAGAAGAGAGCUGAAGCGAAGGCAAUUAUGUUUGAGAGGGGGCUGUUGGAGUACAAGAAGAUGCAAGCAGCUGACAAGAAGCGACCAAAGGAAGAUAAAGACAUCAUCCAUCGAUUACGGCCUUUUGCACGACUGCAGACUGCAGCUGACUAUGAACAAUUCUGUGCUGACAUCCUCUACGAAGCUAUUCUCCGUAAACGAAUAGCAGAACUACAGCAGUACCGCCGACUAGGUUUAACCACAGCAGCCGACAUCACCAAAUGGCAAGAAGACACGUACAAGAGGGAGCAAGCGAAGAUGAACAUGUCUCGCGAACACUUCUCCUCCGUGCAACUUCGCGCAGGCGGCAGAGGCUCUCUCGGUCCAGAAUCUCGACGCGCAAGCGUCUUGGCUGACUCCGAAGGCCGCAAGAGCCACGAUCGUGAACUCACACCCAAGAACUCCAGCGCCCCAGCACCAGGUCCCACAGGUCGCAAACCUCCCGCCCCACUAAACCUCGCUAAUUCUCCCUACAUCCAUCUCCUCACACCGGCCGAACAAACCCUUUGCUCUAGUCUCCGCAUUCUCCCGAAGCCAUACCUUGUUAUCAAGGAGACCCUUAUACGUGAGUACGCACGCCGUGGUGGCAAAUUGAGGAGGAGAGAAGCGAGAGACUUGGUGAAGAUCGAUGUGAAUAAGACGAGUAGAGUCUGGGACUUUCUGGUGCAAGCGGGUUACCUUAGAAUUGGAGUCGAUCUGGCCAGCGUAAACAAUGCGGGACAGGCAACGACACAAGCUUCGGGGACGGGAUCACAACAAGGACAAGGGUCGACUCAGACGGAAGGCCAGCAAGAAGGGCAGAGCACUUCGAUGAAUGGGAUGAUGAAUGGUGUCGGCACCGGGUCUUCAUCUUCCUCUCUCAAUGCCACCGCGUUAGGCUCGACACCUUCACCUCGCAAAACUCCAUCUUCUUCCUCCCUUCCACCUGUACCUGCACCGAGCGGACAUGGGACAUCCUUAGGCCCGCCUAGCACAAGUCAGACCUUCGUGAACGGGAAUGGGUAUGGGUAUCCGCCUGCGAACGGGCUUCCUGCCGCACCAAACAGUGCAUCAUUUUCAUCCUUCGCUUCUCUGACGUUUCCGAACGCACCAGCGUAUCCAUCGGCAGGUCAAUAGCGUCCAGAGUGUUCGUUCACUAUUUAUUUUGUUUUUUCCUCUUAUUAUUUCCAAAUUUGACUGUUGCUGCCUCUCCUAGUCUACGACCCUUCAUCCCAUACAUACCCUUCCUACUGUUCCUCUUUUCCCGUCUCUCGUCGCCAGGUUCAAGUCCCUCCCAUGUCCUCAUUGUCUAUAUUUUACACCACUCACCGCAUGCAUCACUUUGUACCCUACACACGCGCGUACGCACCUGACUCCUUCCACUAAGCAUUGUAACCCUACCCCA